AUGGCCGACUCCGCCUUACAGAUAGACUUUGAAGAUGCAGCAACAAUCCAGGCAUAUGCGGAUGAUUUUAUCAUAAUCAUCAAAGGAGGUAAUCGCACAAUUAUAGAAAAAAAGGCAGCGAUCGCCCUUAGCAAACUCACAGAAUGGAGUACAAGAAAUAAACUCAAAUUCAGCGUGGAAAAAACGCAGAUGAUUCUAUUCCCGAAAGGUACUAAAAUAGAAUCAAAUCCUCCUCGGAUCAAGUGGAAUAACAUCCCACUGCGAAGGCAAGACACCCUGCAAUACCUGGGUUUCCUGCUGGACAAGAAACUUACCUGGAUUCCCCAUUUAACCGAAAUGAGAAAUAAGACGAAUAUCAUCAUAAACAGUAUAAAUCGGACCAUGAACGAAAGAUGGACAUUAAGAGGGAGAAUUAUGAAAGAUCUCUACCUCCGGGCAGUGGAAAGAAUGAUUCUCUAUGGCAGUCCAGUAUGGAUGUCGGACACCGUCAGAGUACAGACGAAACUAGCACAGAUACAAAGGAUCGCCCUGCUAAAAAUGACAUCAGCAUUCACGACUACCUCGACGGCAGCCUUGCAGAUCUUAGCAGGAGUCCUGCCCCUUGAUCUCAAGGCGCACAGAGAAAAGAUGAUCUACCGAAUGCUUCACUAUAAAGAAGAUGCCAUUCAUGAUGGUAUAUGCAUACUACAAUUCGACGCAAUAGAGAAAGUACGAGACGAUGCUCAAUUACAUCCAGCAACCCCUAGAAGAAUUCCCUGGUCAAAGUUCCUGCCCUCCGGACAAGGACUAGAGAUAUUUACAGAUGGAUCUCGUAUUAACAAUCAAGUAGGCGCCGCAUUUGUGGCGUUCUAUCACGGACAAGAAAUACACAGAGAAGGCUACAGGCUCUCAGAUGACGCAACGGUAUACCAAGCAGAGUCACAGGCCCUCAAAAAGGCAGCCCUAUGGGCAGGAAAACACCCAUCAGAACAGAUAAGCUUCUUUACAGACAGCAUGAGUGUUCUACAAGCGAUGAAUAAAAGAGGAAAAGUAGCGGAACAUGCCGCAACGCUAAAAGAAAUUAUAAAGUCAUUAAACCGAAGGACUCUCCUAUGCUGGGUUAGAGGCCACACUGGACUCCACGGGAACGAGCUGGCGGACGCUCAUGCCAAGACAGCUACUUCUAGAACAGCCAUAGAUGUAGAAGUUCCAAUUUCAACAGAUGCAGCUAAACGCCUCAUUACCAAAUACCUCUGUGACGUGUGGCAAGACAGAUAG